AGCGUUGCUGCCCUGCCGACUGACUGACUGAGACUGACCCAUUCGCAAAUCGCAAACUCCAUCUCCGUCUCCAUCUCCGUCUCCGUCUCCGUCUCCAACCGUGUCUUCUUUUCUAUUUUUUAUUUCUUUUUUGUGGUUAACUUAACCAGGGUCUCCUUUGUAACCACAGUUUACACGUGCAGUCAGCAUUUAGAGCCCCGCAGGAGCCAAGCCAAGGCACAAAAAGUCCUCUCUGCUCGGCCUCCUCGCCCUUCUCCAUCCCUCAACUUCACUUUCCCUGCCAACGCACAAAAUUUCGCUCUCUCUAGUUCCCUCAACUACCUUCCUUCUGUUUUCCGGGAAAAUUGUUUUCCAAGUGAUUUUCAUUUUCUGGGAAUAUUUUCCAUACAAGGAGGGUGAGGGCGUUGCCUGCCUUCACAACCGCCAUUGCCAUUGCCGCUGUCUGUGUAUGUAUUCUCUUUCAGUUUCGUCUUCGUUCUGCGCUUUGCAUAUAUUUGUUUGUUUUAGAUUUUCAGCUUGUGAGAUCUGAAUAAUAGAGCUGCAAGCCAUAGUGGGAUUGUGAAAACCGUGGUUUGGUUCAUAUUUUGAAUGAACCGGCCGGAUAUGAGUUUUUGGGGGAAAAAGAUUGUAUUUUGUUGGGCUUUUGGGUAUUGAAGUUUGAGGGCCUUUUGGUUGUGGGUUGUUCUCUUCUGCUAUUGUUGUUGUUGUUGUUAUUUCCUUUUCUGGGUGCUUGGAGAUGAAAUUAGCAGAUGUGGGUAUGGGAGGAAUGGUUUGGAGUGAUGAAGAUAAGGGUGUGGUGGCGGCAAUUUUGGGCACUAGGGCUUUUGAUUACUUGAAGUCGAAUUCGGCCUCUGCUGAAUGCUCGUUUAUGGCAGUGGGAGGUGAUGAAAAUUUGCAGAAUAAGCUGUCUGAUCUGGUGGACUGCCCCAACUCGGCCAAUUUCAGUUGGAAUUACGCGAUUUUCUGGCAAAUUUCGCGGUCCAAGGCCGGGGAGUUUGUCUUGGGAUGGGGAGAUGGCUCUUGUAGGGAGCCCAAAGAAGAGGAGUCUGAAGUUGCAAGAAUUCUCAAUUUCCGGCUCGAGGAUGAGACCCAACAGAAGAUGAGGAAAAGGGUACUUCAGAAAUUGCAUACCCUGUUUGGGGGAUCAGAUGAAGAUAGCUACGCCUUUGUGUUGGACAGAGUGACAGAUACCGAAAUGUUCUUCCUAGCAUCAAUGUACUUCUCCUUCCCUCGAGGGGAAGGUGGCCCAGGGAAAUGUUUUUUGUCCGGGAAGCACAUCUGGCUCCCAGAUGCAUUGAAGUCCUCAUCUGAAUAUUGUGUUAGAUCAUUCCUUGCAAAAUCCGCUGGUAUCCAAACUAUUGUUUUGAUCCCAACUGAUUUUGGGGUAGUUGAAUUAGGAUCGGUCAGAUCCAUAUGUGAAAGCUUAGAGCUGGUGCAGACAAUAAAAUCAUCCUUUUCAUCCUCGUCUUCGCUUAUCCCAGCCAAGCUGGUGGCAUCUUUUCCAGCCAUGAGUGAGAGGAAAGAUGGAAAUUGCCAUUUUUCCAAUUCAGGCAUUGAGGAGCAACCAGAUAAGAUUCCAAAGAUUUUUGGGCAGGAUUUAAACUCAGGGCGAGCCCCAUUUAGGGAAAAGCUUGCUGUUAGGAAGGCUGAGGGAAGGCCAUGGGAUGUAUACUCGAAUGGUAAUCAGCUUCCGUUCCCUAACCCUAGAAAUGGGCUUCACGGUUCAGGUUGGACACAAUUCCAGAAUGUGAGGCAGGGGCCAAAAAUAGAAGCUUAUAGUCCUCGACCCCCAGCAAACAAUAUAAAAGAGCUCGUCAAUGGUGUUAGGGAAGAGUUUUGGCUCAACCAUUACCAGCCCUCUCCUCAGAAGGCAGCAGCCAUGCAAAUUGAUUUUACAGGUGGCGCAACUUCAAAGCCUUCUGCAAUUUCUUGCCCGGUCAGUGUUGAGUCUGAGUAUUCGGAUGUUGAGGCUUCAGGCAAGGACGAGCAGGUUGGCGUAGCCGAUGAAAGAAGGCCUCGGAAACGAGGACGAAAGCCUGCAAAUGGAAGGGAAGAGCCCCUCAAUCAUGUUGAGGCAGAGAGGCAGCGGCGAGAGAAACUGAACCAGAGGUUCUAUGCUCUGAGAGCUGUUGUGCCCAACAUCUCAAAGAUGGAUAAAGCCUCGCUUUUGGGGGACGCAAUUGCCUACAUCACCGAGCUUCAGAAUAAACUCAAGGACAUGGAAUCCAAGAGGGAGAAAUUGGGGAGCACCUCAAGAGAAUCCCCAUCUUUGGAGGCCCAUUCAGAUUCAGACAACCAAAUCUGUAUCAGGGACAUUGAAAUCCAAGCUGCUCAUGAUGAAGUUGUUGUAAGGGUUAGCUGCCCCUUGGAUUCCCACCCUGUUUCAAAGGUUAUACAAGCAUUCAAGGAAGCCCAGAUAACUGUCGUUGACUCAAAACUCGCCACUGGGAAUGACACCGUAUUCCAUACAUUCGUGAUCAAGUCUCAAGGAUCCGAACAGCUUACAAAGGAGAUGUUGGUCGCAGCAUUUUCGCAGGAAUUCAACUUCUCACGGCCUUUACCUUCGAUUUCAUGAUGAGGGAAUGUAUUUAACGUAACCUGUAGGCCAAAUAUAUAGCGGAACAGCUCACUCAAUAGCUUCUGCAGAGGUUUUUACAGCAAGCAGGAAAUGGUAAGAAGAAUAGAGUGGCAGCUGGAAAGUGGAAAUAGAAAGGUUUUGGUGAUGCUGCCAACCAUAUGCUCCAUAAAAUCAUUUUUGCCCCUCCUCUCUCUUCUGCUGUAAAUUGAGGGGAAACGAAUAGGGGAAAUGGGCGAAUGGGCAGCAGUAUAUGAGUCGUUACUUUCGUUGAAGUUAGGUAACUUACCUAAAAAAGGUGUGGGUGAAAGUUAGGUGUGUAUGUAUAUUCUUUUUUGGGGGUAAUUUGCUCUGUUUUUCCAGCAAGGGCCAAGCUAGUGUUGAGGGUCUUUUGUACCCAACUCUUAUCUCACCCAAUAAGUGAGACUUUAUGGGUUUAGUGUGGCAUUUUAUUGCUUAUAUUACAUGUUAUAUUUAUCCAGAUUAUUCUCAAUUGAUAGUCAGUGACAGAAAUAUAUAAAA